CCUUCAUGAUGUUUUCCAGCACCUUUCUAUGUAUACAGUGUGUAUCUCCUCGACAGCAGGUAGGAUGGUGCUGGCGAAGCGUUGGACAGUUUUGACCACCCGCUGCAGAGCCUUCCUGUCUGCUGCAGUGCUGUUUCUGUAUCAUGCAGAGAGUGGUUCUGCAUCUUGAGUGUCUGAGGUCUGUGGAUUAGGAGGUCCAACAGUGGUGAGGAGUACAAGCUUGUUCACCAAUAGUGUUGAAUGUAGAAAUGAAAUCCAGAAACAGCAUUCUGACCCAAGUGGCCUCAUUUGUUGGUGUGUCAGGGCCAGGUACAUGACAUCUAUGGCAUCUGUUGUAGAGUGGUUCUGUCAGUAAGUAUAUUGAUGAUUGCCCAGUGUGGCAGGAAUAGAGUUUUUGAUAUGUGCCUGACUAGAAGCUUUGAAACACUAUCUAAGAAUUUGAAACUAGUACCAUUACUGGGAGCCAAAGGAGCCACCGUGUCUCUAGUGCGCCACCAUCUUUUGCCCAGUUGGCAGUUCUUAGAUCAGGUGGAGUGCUGUGCUGAAAGUUGAAGAAAACCUGUGCUGGCAAGUCUGCCUAGCGUCUGCAGAAGCAGCCAGGCUCAACUGAAUCUCCCCUGAACUGCUAUGUUGAGAAGUUGGUCAUGUCUUCUGUUUCCUACAGGUUAACUGAAUGUUUGCUGGAGGUGGUGAAUGUUGAUGGACUUGCACAUUUUAUUCAUCUUAGGGAGAAAACCUUCUAAGCUAAGGGUUUAGAUAAAUUAGUCUUAAAAAACUUUCAAACGUUAAUGAGGAUGUCCUGUUUUGAAGAAAAUUGGCUCUAAGCCAUAGGGACUGGUGAAUGUGUGUAAUUAGUUGUCAACUUUUGACGAUUUUGCUAUUUGUAGCUUUCAGUUUCCAUCAUCCAUAAACACCAUGCAGUUUUCUCACUUCUCCUCCUCAAUAUUCUGACUCACAUGAAGUUAUUUCCGUAUGUUAGAAAUCGUCAUUGUAAGUUGGUUGUCUGCCAUUAAAUGUUAAUGACUACUAAAAUGUGGAAGAGGCAUAAAAAGCCACACAAGUGCUCAUAAGCACACUUACAGGUAAGCAGGGCCAGUGGGAAAGGGAAGAGGUUCCAGUAUGGACGUGUUUAAACCCUUCCUGACUUUCUCCUUGCUUGUUAUCGCGGGGAUUCUAAGGGCAGUAACAACACCAAUACCAGCUGACACUAUAAGCAGAGGGAAGGAAAAGGGAAUCCACAUUUAACACAUCCUUUUUUCUGCAUUAAGUGACACUAGUCCAAAAUCUAUAUUUAUGUAGAGGUAAUUUAUUUCACAGAAGUCAUUUUGGUUACCUUAAUCGAUUGCUUGCAUGAGAGCCAUGCUGUAAAACUUUUUUUUAUAUAAAGACCUCCUCUUUUCUCAUAACACCAGCUUAUGUCCUGGUCUACCCGUUGUGCCUAUAACUCAUUGAAAUACAUCCUGUUUUAUUUCUGCUUUUGAAUGUUAGGCACCUUGGCCUUGGCUGAGCUCCAGGUGACCUGGUAUUAUACCAAGCUCCUCAAAGCUACUGACGCUUGAUAACGUCUCCAGUCCUAACUUGUUGCCAUCAAGCCAUGUUCUGGAGUCCUGAAUGCCCAUGGCUGCUGUCCACACCUUACCUGUAUCUAGUGAUCGCAACAACCUGUAUCCUUGUUCUCCAGUUAACAGCAAGUGCAAAAUGGGAAGCGUUGGUAGUCUAAUGGCUGAAAAACAUGAGCUCACAAGUGAUAAUAUGAAGAGUCACCGAAGUGGGAACGCAUACAACCUCAGGCAGCCAGAUGGGCUCUUUAAAAAAGGACUGACCCAGAGAGACCUGUUGAACUAUCUUAACAGCACCAAAAAAGGAGCAAAAACGGACAAAAGGAUUGCGUCCGGGUGUUCUUCCAUGGAACGGUGCCGAAAAGACGGACAGAAUGAGAUUUAUGGGAAGGACAUUGACCUAAAAAAGAACUCACUUCCUGUUGGAGGAAAAUUUGAAAAGUCACGAUUCCGACCCUCUGCGUUCAUGCCGGUGGUGCCAAAGAACUUCAGUUCAAUGCAGAAUCUGUAUCCGCAGCAGACCAAGGAGCUGAGUGACAGUACAGCCAGCCUCAAUGUCUUCAGCAAGAUGGACCAUUCACCCAUGAGGAAUGGAGGUGAAAAGAAGGAUUACUUCAGGACAGUCAGUCAAGAGGAGGACCUGUCUGACUCUGGGCGGAAUUCCAUGACGAGCCUCCCUCCCUGCGGAACGGGCCUGAAGCACCACAUAGGGCAGAUAAGUGCCUCCAUGGGGCAAAUCAACCACAUUGGCUCAAACUGCGUUGAUGGGGGAUCCAAGGAGGCUUCCAACUCUGACAGUGGCCGUUUCUCCUGCAAGAGUAUGGCAGUCCUGAGCCGAGUGGACCCCCAGGGCAACAUGUCCCCUUCCUGCGAGCUGUCACGAUCGAUGGAGGACGUUGUCAGAGAGCUGGAAGACCGGCUUCACGAGAAGGAAGUGGAGCUGAAGCACGUGAGGAGGAACCUGGACGAGAGCGAGGAUGCCAUUGCUCAGGUGUUCGAGGAUAAGCAAAGGCUCUGGGAGAAGGAGAUGGAAGAGCUGAAGCUUAUCUAUGCCAGCAAGCUGCGCCAGGUGACCCAGCAAGCCCAACACACCCAGCGGACUCUCCAGCUGCAGGUCUUCAAGAUCAAGCAGGAGAAGAGGAAGCUGCAGGAGGAUUUCAACAAGUUGCUGCUGGAAUGUGAGCAGCUCAAAAGCCAGUGUACGUCUUAUCGACAGGAGCAAGAUGACUUAACCCCAAAGCUGGAGGAGACCAAAUGGGAGGUCUGUCAGAAGGCUGGUGAGAUCGCCCUGCUGAAGCAGCAACUGCGAGACUCUCAGGCAGAGGUAGCGGAGAAACUGAGUGAGCUGUUCAGCCUGAAAGCCCUGCUCCAAGAAGUUCGAGUGGAGCUCUGUACCAAAGAUGAACAGAUGCUGCUGCUAAAGAACUCCCUGCAGGCACAAUCCAAGCAACUAGCUAAAAGCACAAACGCACUGCUGCAACAGCAGCAGCAGCAGGAGGAGCACAUCUUACUCCAAGAAGCCUGCCUGGAGAGAGAUGGAGCACCCGAAGAAAUGAAAGGCUUGUUGAACAGGGAGACCGAUGAUCUGAAGGCCAGAAGCUGUCAUGGUGACACCACCCAAGGUCUUGUCCUCCAGAUUGAAAGACUGAAAGCUGAACUGUUAUUGGAACGAAGGCAGUGUGAAGCCCAAGCUGCCAAUUUUGAAAUUGAGAGAAGUACCUGGCAGGACGAAAAGGAAAAAGUCAUUCAGUAUCAGAAACAACUACAGUCUAGUUAUCUAGAGAUGUACCAAAGAAACCAAGCCCUUGAACAAGAAAUUCGGGUUAUUACAGCCAAAGUAGAACUAACGGACAAUGAUGUCAAACAGAACCUACCAUGGAUUGAAAGGAUCGAAUCCUCUGAGAUAUGAAUAAGCAAUUAAAUUGUGCAUCAUUGAUUGUAGAUCAGGACACUGACUUUUUUAAAGAUAUAUAUAUAUUGUGUUGAAUUCCUCAAGGUGAACAGAACAUGAUGAUAGGUUGUAGCAGCUGGAAGAUAUUACUGACUUGGAUCUACAAAUGGAAAGGAUGACACACAAGGAUGCUUCCAGAAUGUUCUCUAAUGGAAAGUGGCGUGUGUAGAGAACGUGAAACACUUAGUUCUUGAUGCCUCAAAUCUGAGAAGUGAUUGACCUUUUCUCCAUAAUUGAAAGAUGCUACAAAGAACUUCUGUGCACUCAACAAAUGCAAACCUAACUUAAGUCAAGCCAAUUUAAGGUUUAAACUCAGUGUUUUAAAAUGUGAAAUAAUCCCCUAGUAUGGUAUUUUAUUUACCUAUAUAUUUUAGAAUCACUGCAGAGAAUGACACAUUAAUGCAAUUCAGGUCCCUCUCUGAAUUAUUAAUUGUUAGAGCUUAGUUUAAAUUUCACAUUCUACAGAAUUAAGCUCUGCAAUUUGAUUAGCAAAUCUGCCGAGAAGUAAUAUUGAUUUGGAAUGAUAGUUUUAGAAAAGUGACAAGUAAUACCAGAUCUUGCCUAUGUUUAAUUAUUUUUGUAAGGAUUUUCCCUUUUUUGAGAUGGAGUGAAUUUUAUCGGCUGAAUUUUAUUUGGAUUUUGUUUUAUAACAUUUUCUACACACGAGGCAUAGAUACCAUUUUUUUCAUAAUGCUCUUCCUUUGCCUUUUUAUCACUCACUAUGUAUAGACAAACUGGAAGUUUCUGUCUUAUGAGGAUCAUGAUUGUACUGACAAGAUCUGGCUUGCUUUGCAGCAACCAGGAGGGCAAUUGUUUUGCUUUUGUCUUGUGUCUUGUUGAAACAGAAUUGGGCCUCAAGGGAAGAAGAGGACAAUAUUGAAACCGACAUUCAAAACUAUAACCCUACCUGCUAGUACUUUUUAGAAUUAAUAUGCAGAUACCUACAGCUGUUGGUUGUUCACUGCAAUGUCAGGGCAGUGAGGGCAGUCAUAUGCAGUCAUGGCCAGAGCAGUAUUUGCCUCAGAAAAAAAAAAUGACCACCUAAAUGACACCACAUUUUCUCCUCCAGGAAUUGUAACUCGGAACAAAACAGCCUGAUUAAAUUUAUAAAUACAUUCACAAA